AUGGCCUCAAAUAUUGAUUACGAAUACCUAGAUGUUGAAGAUAUUUCUAUUGCUGUGAGUUCGUACGGAACAUACUACAUGGUAUUCUCAUUUCUAAGGCAACAGCAUCAAAUAGCCUUAAUUUUACGAAACUUAUCAACUUUCCACAAGUUUGGAAAACCUCCUGAUUUCGAUGAUCUUAACAGGAGGUUAAACAUUAUCGCAAAAAUACUAACCGCUUUUGAAUUUGGAAUAGUAGCUGCAUUUAAAAUUGCGAGAAUUGCAAAAAAAUCGGAGUGCAAGGAGACUUUAGCGAAACUGGGACUAAAACGACACUACUGCGGUCUGGGAAGCCCUGCGUGGACUCCAUUCGAUGUUGAUUUCUUUCCCGUUUUCGAGAUAUUUCUUCUAUAUGAGUUUAUUUUUGCACUUGUACAUAGUAAGAAUUGUUCUCAAAUUUCUUUUCAUCUUCUAGAAAUAACUUAUCACGUUACCUUAAGAAUAGAACAUUUGAAAGCACUAAUUGUACGGUGUUUUAAUAGCAAUAGUCAAACUGUGUUUCGUAAACAACUGUCACAUUGCAUCGCUUAUCACAACGAAAUAUUAAAUCUGACUCUCGACAUCGAUGCUACAUUUUCUACAAUUAUGUUUGGACAUUUUGCGUUAACAGGUGCAGUUUGUGCUUGUUUGGAGAAGCAAAUUAUAGAUGGACAUAAUGCUUUUACAGGUUUUUGUCAUUUUGUUGGGUGGAUUACCGCUCUGUUUAUUGUGUGUCUAGGUGGACAACGUGUCAUUAAUGCUAGCGAAUCCGUAGCUGAUGCCCUAUGGACUUCAAAAUGGUAUAAAGCUGAUUUCAAGCUCCAAAAAAGUGUUCUAAUUAUGCUCGUAAGAGCUCAAAGAAAUAGCAACAUAAAAGCUGGUCCUUUUGGAAUUCUUUGUUAUCCAUUUUUUGUUUCGGUACUUAAAACGUCGUAUUCUAUUUUGUGUUUGCUCACUUCGUAAAUAUUGCCACAGGAAUGCGUAGAAAUAAGGCAAAAUUUAAAUGACUGCAGUUACUAGUUUGGUAUUAUGAACGUAGACGAACAAGCAGAUUUUGGGGAAUUCUGUCUUUAACUCGACAAAAUGUUUUCCAAUUUUCAAUGUAAAGAAAAUGUUUAAUAAACAAAAGGAAAAGGAA